AUGAAAAAGAGAGGUCUGGAAGAAUCUGAUGGAUGUCGCCUUCCAUCGUCCUGCCCCUGUGACGCGUGCGGGCGUCACGACCCCUAUGCACAGGCCUUAGCUCUAGACGGCCGUGGCCACCCCCGCCAGCCCCCCCAUGCCACAGGGACGGGCUGCCACCCCCGCCAGCCAGACCCCGUCACAGGAGCAGUCUGCCACCCCCGCCAGCCCCCCCAUGCCUCAGGGACGGGCUGCUACCUCCGCCAGCCAGACCCCGUCACAGGAGCAGUCUGCCACCCCCGCCAGCCCCCCCAUGCCACAGGGACGGGCUGCCACCCCCGCCAGCCAGACCCCGUCACAGGAGCAGUCUGUCACCCCCGCCAGCCCCCCCAUGCCACAGGGACGGGCUGCCACCCCCGCCAGCCAGACCCCGUCACAGGAGCAGUCUGCCACCCCCGCCAGCCCCCCCAUGCCACAGGGACGGGCUGCCACCCCCGCCAGCCCCCCCAUGCCACAGGGACGGGCUGCCACCCCCGCCAGCCAGACCCCGUCACAGGAGCAGUCUCCCAACCCCGCCAGCCCCCCCAUGCCACAGGGACGGGCUGCCACCCACGCCAGCCAGACCCCGUCACAGGAGCAGUCUCCCAACCCUGCCAGCCCCCCCAUGCCACCGGAAGGGAGCAGCUCCCGUCAGACUUGCGCACCAUUACCACGGGAGAGCAGUGUGGAGAGGACGACGGCUAG